AUAUAUAUAUACAUCUAUAUAUAAUAAAAUUUAAUUUACUAUCAUACGCUUAACAUAUAUAAUAAAAUUUUCCGCGCUUGUUAUCACAGUUUCGCAAGUUCCGGUACUAUUGUUAUUAUUGUUGUUAAAAAUCGCUCUUAAAUCACGCACCUUGAAACGUCUAAAGAACCAUGAACGAAGGUUAUACACUUCUUAAUUUAAUAUUUCGUGCUACAUUCAUUCCCGGAGUGUUUAUUAUAGUUUGGCUAACUGGUUUAAUAUCUUUAACAACAGUACAAAUAUGUUUAGCGGCAUUCGGUUUAAUAUUUGUAAUAUUACCUUUAAUAUUCCGUUAUUCUGUGACACUACAGAGAGGCAUUCUAUUUUUAACAUUUAUUACAUAUCCCAGAGAUCUCGAUUUAAGUAAUCCGUCCAGCGUUGGCUUGUACGCGACGCGUAGCUUUUUUUUAAACGUUCGAGAUAGUGAUGUGGACAAUGAAACCACAAAUAACGAGGCGUCGAGGAAAACUUCAAUAAUACGCAUAGGCAUCUGGCAUGUCCUCCCCAGACAUGUUGCUAAACGUUUUGCCAAGGAGUUACACGUAAACACGGAUGUUUUUGAUGAUACCGACAGAAAUGUUACGGAAAUCAAAGAUGAAACACUCGAUUUGCUCGAAUCGGUUAUGAAAACAUCAUUUCCGAAUAUAAAUCGUGAAAAUGAGAAUUUCUUUUACGAACGUUUAAUGAAGAUGCCGGGAAAUACAGUCAUCUUGUAUUUGCAUGGUAAUACGGCUUCGCGUGGCUCUGGCCAUCGUUUGGAUGUCUAUAAAAUGUUACGCAAUCUGGGUUAUCAUGUGAUAGCGUUAGACUAUCGCGGAUACGGUGAUUCCGAUCCCAUAUCGCCGACUGAGGAAGGCGUAGUACGUGACGCCAUGACUGUUUACAAUUACAUAUGUAAUAUAACUACAAAUCCGGUCAUAAUAUGGGGACAUUCUUUGGGCACCGGUGUUGCAACAAAUAUGCUGUCACAACUGAACUAUAUGAAUGAGAAGGGUCCUAAAGGUGUCAUAUUAGAGUCGCCUUUCACCAACAUAAGAGACGAAAUCAGACAACAUCCAUUUGCCAGACCCUUUAAACAUCUGCCCUGGUUCGAUUUGACUAUAGCCCGACCUAUGUAUUCUAAUUCUUUGCGCUUUGAGUCCGAUCAGCAUAUCAGUGAAUUUCGCCAACCAAUCAUGAUUUUACAUGCCGAAGAUGAUUAUGUAGUACCCUUUCAGUUGGGCUAUCAACUUUAUCGUAUUGCUUUAGAUACCAGAGGCAAAUCUUGGGGCCCAGUAGAAUUUCAUCGUUUCGAAGCUUCUCAUCAUUAUGGUCACAAAUAUAUAGUGCACGCACCUGAAUUACCAGAAUUGGUGAAAAAUUUCGUUAUCACUUAUCGUAAUGAAGUUUUUUAAAAAAAAAAAAAAAAAAAAAAACAUUCUCUCAUUUUUCACUUUACAGCCGUAAAAACAACCAUACAUUUUAUACAUCUGCUUAAUAAAUAAGUAGCUAUUCAAAUGCUGAUUAUACAUUAGAUAAAUCUUUAGUCUAGAAAUUUUCCUAUUUGGACGUAAACAUCAAACAUAAUUUGAAGCUUUCUAGUAUUUAUUUAUAUGAAAUUUUUUUAUUUAUGUAUUUCGAUCUGAUCUUCUUUCCAUUCUCGCUAAGUCAUAGUAUUAAUUAUUUUUAUUAUUAUCAUUUUUUUUUUUCCUCAUUUAUAUUUACUAAUUAACCUAUAACAAGAGUUGUAUUAAAAAUUCUGUGAAUAAAAUACAUAUAAAAUAAACAACCACAAAUAAAACA